AGGGAUGCUGAGGUACUGAAGACGGUCACUAGGGUUAAUCAAUUGAAAGAUUUGGCGCAAUUACUGGAGCUGGAGAACAAAAUCUUGCCCUUCAUCGUUGCGGCAUCCGGAAGAGUUGGUUCUGAGACACCUAUCAAGUGUGAGCACAGCGGCAUACGGGGCGUUAUUGUGGAGGAAACGGCGGAACAACAUUUUCUGAAACAUAAUGAGACUGGUUCCUGGGUGCAAGAUAGUGCACUAAUGCUGUCAAUGAGUAAGGAGGUUCCUUGGUAUUUGGAUGAUGGGACUAGUCGUGUACAUGUGGUGGGAGCCCGAGGUGCAGCUGGCUUUGCAUUGACUGUCGGAAGUGAAGUAUUUGAAGAGUCGGGCCGUUCACUUGUACGUGGAACUCUAGAUUAUCUCCAAGGCCUCAAGAUGCUUGGAGUAAAGCGCAUUGAGCGUGUUCUUCCAACUGGUAUGCCGCUUACCGUUGUUGGUGAGGCUGUCAAAGACGAUAUUGGGGCUGUCAGGAUUCAGAAACCAGACAGAGGGCCUUUCUAUGUCUCUCCUAAAUCACUUGAUCAACUUAUUUCUAAUUUGGGGAAGUGGUCAAGGUGGUACAAGUAUGCUUCAAUGGGUCUAACUGUUUUUGGUGUGUUUCUAAUUGCAAAGCAUGCCAUCGAGUAUAUGCUAGAGAGAAAGCGGCGGCGUGAACUGCAGAAAAGGGUUCUUGCUGCAGCUGCUAAGAGAUCAGAAGCAGACAGUGAAGGUCCAAACGGAAGUUGUGAGAACAGUUCAGAUGUUACUAGGAAAGAACGUGCUAUACCUGAUCUUUGUGUGAUCUGCCUCGAGCAGGAGUACAAUGCCGUUUUUGUCCAGUGUGGCCAUAUGUGCUGCUGCAUGAAUUGCUCGUCGCAUCUGACAAGCUGCCCUCUUUGCCGGAGGCGAAUAGAUCAGGUGGUGAAGACUUACCGCCAUUGAAGAACUCCGUCUCAUCCUUCAGAUCAUUUGAAGUGGAAAAAAAAAUGCAAUGCAUUGAGCUCAGAGAAUGGAAUGUAAAUACUGAAAGCAAACCUUGCAUUUAGUAUAUUUCCUUGGCAAGGCAAGGCCUCAACUAGCUCACCAAGAGUAACAUUGUCUUUCCAAAAGUUUGUUCGAACGAGUAAUUGAGAUUUUUUAUAUGUUAAUGGUUCAAUAA